AUGGAGGGUGCUCUCACUGUGCCCCCUGAUCGUACCAUCAUUGGGAGAGCUGCAUGGAAGGAGGAUGUCGAGCCGAUACAACAGUUCUCGGUCACCUCAAUUGCCGAUUGCCAGGUCCAAACACUGGCGCAUCGAAAGCAAGGACCUCCUCUUCCGACACUGGUUAUCAACAUUCUCCCUGACCCCGUCUUGGACAAGCUCCGGAAGCGGCGCUCAAGCCGCACCGCUACCUUUUCCUCGUCUUCGAGAGAUACAAGCCCGACGACCUUGAUGUUCCGUCCUGGAGAUGAGCGCUACACACUGAACGAUUGGGCCCGCUUCAUCCAGCAAUUUAUCCAGCCACAGCUUCUUGACCGAGUCCCUAUGAGCCCGAUCACCCCUGGCUCUCCGUCUUUCAUCAACCCCUUCGCACCUCGCCGGGAACUCAGCGAUACACAAUUCAAACCUGAAAGUGGGAGCGAGAGCUCACGACAAACUUUCUACCCCAAGAGUGCCGGUCAAGCUUACCCGCCCCGUGAUCGGCCUGUGACGUUCUCUGAUACCCCGAGUCUUCGUUCGAAACGGAGCGAUCUCUCGUCACAGACUAGUGUAACUCAACCUCCAGUAUCUCUCCACAGCUACGGUUCUAUAGUCCCUGCAGAACUUCCAUCGCCGGCAACUACGAUUGGGGAAUACCAGGGUGACUUCAUUGAGGGAUGGACAUCUGCUCAGGGGAGAUCAUCCGCGCUUAGUUCUCCUGUUAGGGGGCGCGACAGCGUCAGUUCACAACCGCCGAGUUCACUGCCUCCGAUUGCGGACCCUCCCGGGCCUCGAGAGACAAUCUUGGAUAGGGCCUUCCAGUUACGCCGCAUUCCCGGUUCCGAAAACACAAACCCAGGAGACGAGAAAAUGAGCUCUCUUGCUCGUUUCGACGCCUUGAUGGCCGAACUCGAGGAGAAGAGGAAGAAGCGUGAAGCCGAGGAAGCAAAGCUCCGGGGCGAAACCGCGCCGCCACCACAGCCGGCCCCAGAAACACAAGCGCCUCAGAGUGCCUGGGAUUCGGACACCGAUGAUGAUAGCGACGGCUUUGUUGGGGAAGGGGAAAGGGAUAUCGAAGACCGGUUCUCAAUGCCAGAAACGAGCAUUCGACGAGCCCCAGAUUAUGUCUCAGAAAGAUGCGAGCCCCCUCCGAAGAACCCAGCACGGGCCCGGAGAGCACCGCCUGCAUACAACCAUGAGGCUCUAAUGGCCUUAUCAGGCAACGGUCCCUCAAGUCGGCCACAGACUGGCUACUCGAAAUCUCGCAGCAACCGCCCAAGCAUGUCUCAGCGCACCCACAGCCAGCCACACCUCGCCACGAUUCUCGCCUCUUCAGCCCGCCGUGACGGCGCGGUUCCUUUCCCUGCCUACGCUGAGAACGACGACACCUUCUCUAGCAUUACUUCCUCCCCACCAGCCACACGACUGCACCGCAGCUCAACCACCACAGGCACUACCUCAUCUUUAACCCCUCACCACGAAAAACGUCUCUCAACCUCCUCCAGCAAGCGCCUCAGUUUCUCCGAAUUCACCCGCCGCCUGAGCAGCAGUACCAGUAGCCUGUUGAUCGUCCAGUCCAAUACAAGCGGCAAGGAUGGGUCAGCCGCCAGCGGCCGCGCCACGCCCAGCAGUACCCGGCAGAGCAUCGUCAGUGAUGGGGCAGACCACCACUCGCUGAUUGCCCCGCAGUCACCGCCGCAGCAUCUGCAUCAUUUGCAUCCUCGGGCUGGCAGCCUGUCUGCUCAUCGGGAGCGGGCGCUCGAACGGGAGCAGUCUGCUGCGAGUGAGCGGGCGGAGAGGUAUGGUUGGAGGGGGAGUGUGGGAGUUUUUGGGGCGCCGGAAGGGAAUUUCCUAUAA